AUGGCUUUCAAAGCCUCGGCAUUGCGAAUAUUUGCCUUCAUCAGGAUUAAUGAGUCAUCUGGAAAAAGAGGUGCACAAGGCACAACCGCAUCUCGCUCGGCCGCCGCCGCCGCUCCCCGCCUCCGCCCAGUCGCUCCCCGCUCGCGCUCGGCCACCGCCGCUGGGCGCUCGCGCGUGGCGGCCGCAGCUGGAGCUCCUUCGGUCCUUCCCGUCGUGGCCAUCGACCGUCGCGCCUCCCCUGCCGAGGCGCCGUCGAGCCGACCCGGACCAGACGGCCGCCGCCGCUCCGGUCUCCGGAGGAUCUGCUCCUGCCUCCCGACGCUCUCCUCUCCUCCAGUCCUUCCCGCUCCACCGCUCCCCGCCCCGGUCGUGAAACUGAAGAUGAAGAGGAAUGGUGAGAUUGAAAGGUUUUGGAAGCACUUGAAAUGGGUGAGAUUGAAAGUGGAAGUGGGCUAAAUCAAGAGAUGGGACUAGCUAGACCCGGCGAUACUCGUUGGGGUUCUCAUUUUAAAACCAUUAUGCACAUUGUUAGCAUGUAUUCCACAAUCCUUGAAGUACUUGAUGCUAUUGGAAAAGAUCCUUCACAAAAACGUGAGUGGACAAGAAUACAUGGAGUUGCUCAAGCCAUUGAAUCAUUUGACUUUGUUUUCAAUCUUCACUUGAUGCUUGUUAUUCUUGGCUAUACAAAUGAGUUGUCCAAAUCUUUGCAAAAGAGAGAUCAAGAUAUUGUUAAUGCAAUGGCACUUGUUAGUUUG